CUAACCCUGCUGGGUAAUCUCACACAGCUCACCCUUUUAGACCUCUCAAGUAACAAUUUUACAGGUGAGAUCCCAUCAUCACUUGGAUACCUUCUACAGCUUCGUUCCUUGUAUCUCUAUUCCAAUAAAUUUAGGGGUCAAGUUCCAGAUUUUUUGGGUAGCCUAGUUAAUCUUUCAAAUUUAGAUUUAUCCAAUAAUCAACUAGUAGGCCCUUUCCAUUCUCAAUUAAAUACUCUUUCAAAUCUAAAAUAUCUAUUUUUAUCUGAUAAUUUGUUCAAUGGAACAAUACCAUCCUUUUUGUUUGCUCUUCCUUCUUUAUAUUAUCUUGACCUUCAUAACAAUAAUCUCAUAGGUAAUAUAAGUGAACUCCAACACAAUUCAUUGAGAUUCCUUGAUUUGAGCAAUAACCACUUGCAUGGUACAAUCCCAAGUUCGAUUUUCAAACAAGAGAACUUGACCGUAAUUAUUCUUGCGUCCAAUAGUAAAUUGACAGGUGAGAUUUCUACUUCUAUUUGCAAGCUGAAAUCCCUUCUGGUCCUGGACUUGUCCAACAACAGCUUGAGUGGUUCUAUACCAUUAUGUUUGGGGAACUUCAACAACAUGCUCUCAGUAUUGCAUCUAGGCAUGAACAAUCUUCAAGGCACUAUCCCUUCAACAUUUUCAAAGGAUAAUAGCUUGGAAUAUCUCAACCUCAGUGGAAAUGAAUUAGAAGGGAAAAUAUCACCGUCUAUCAUCAACUGCACAAAGUUGGAAGUUCUUGAUCUUGGCAACAAUAAGAUUGAGGAUGCAUUUCCCAACUUUCUAGAAACGCUUCCAAAGCUCCAAAUUCUAAUUCUAAAAUCCAAUAAACUCCAAGGUUUUGUGAAGGGUCCGAAUGCAUAUAAUUCCUUCUCUAAAUUACAAAUUUUUGACGUCUCGUACAACAAUUUUAGUGGGCCAUUGCCAACAAGGUAUUUCAAUAAUCUUGAAGCAAUGAUGGUCUCGGAUCAAAGCAUGAUUUACCUUAAUGCAACAAAUUACACUAGCUAUGUCUAUUCCAUAAAAAUGACAUGGAAAGGUGUAGAAUUUGAGUUUUCAAAAAUCCAAAGUACCAUCAGAGUACUAGAUUUGUCAAGUAAUAAUUUUACCGGAGAGAUUCCAAAGAUGAUCGGAAAGCUUAUAGCACUUCAACAACUCAACCUCUCUCAUAAUUCCCUUACAGGUCAUAUCCAAUCAUCAUUAGGAAUUUUGAUCAAUUUGGAAUCAUUAGAUCUAUCUUCAAAUUUGCUUACCGGAAGGAUCCCAACGCAGCUGGGGGGUCUAACAUUUCUUGCAAUCCUAAACCUUUCACAUAACCAACUCGAGGGGCCCAUACCAAGUGGAGAGCAGUUCAACACCUUUGAUGCAAGCUCAUUUGAAGGAAACUUGGGUUUAUGUGGAUCUCAAGUACUAAAAAAAUGUUACGGUGAUGAGGCACGAUCAUUACCGCCAUCAAGCUUUGAUGAAGGAGAUGAUUCAACAUUGUUUGGAGAAGGAUUUGGAUGGAAAGCUGUGACAGUGGGGUAUGGAUGCGGGUUUGUGUUUGGAGUAGCAACGGGAUACGUUGUGUUUAGAACAAAAAAGCCUUCAUGGUUUCUUAGGAUGGUUGAAGAUAAAUGGAAUCUCCAGAGCAAAAAAACAAAGAAGAAUGCUGGCAGAUAUGGUGCUAGAAGAAACUAAAUAAUGCAAUUGAUAUUUUCAAUACAAACAAGAUAUCAUGUUGAUUUGACACGGAAACAACACUAGGGUGGCAGAUUCAUAGUACUGGAUUCCCUUUACUUUCUUUUUUUUUCAUCAAGGUUAAUUGGGUGUUACUUCAUAGUAUGCAAGCAAUAGUUUGUGUAAACUAUAAAAUCAUUUAUGUUUUAGGUCCUUUUUUAUGUGUUCAUUUCCUUUCUUGGAGUAUUUUAAAUUUUAUAAGAAUUAAAGCAAUUCUGUUCUCACAACAGC